AUGGCGGCCCGUGCCGCGCUGCAGCGGAGCGUUGUGUCCCCGGCUGGCGGGCACCGCGCCUCGGUGAUCCUGCUGCACGGCUCAGGUGACACUGGCCCAGGAGUAAGAGCGUGGAUCAAACAAGUUCUGAAUCAGGAUUUGGUUUUCCAGCAUAUAAAAGUAAUUUAUCCAACAGCUCCUGCCAGACCGUAUACACCUAUGAGAGGGGCCCUCUCCACUGUGUGGUUUGACAGAUGGAAGAUCUCUAAUGAGUGUCCAGAACACAUUGAAACCAUUGACUCAAUGUGUCAGGUGCUUACAAACGUGAUUGAUGAUGAGGUUAAAAAUGGCAUCAGCAAGAAUAGGAUAAUUUUAGGAGGUUUUUCCAUGGGAGGUGGCAUGGCAAUGCAUUUAGCGUACAGGUAUCAUCAAGAUGUGGCUGGAGUCUUUGCUCUUUCUAGCUUUCUCAAUAAGACAUCUGCUGUUUACCAGGCUUUACAGAAAAAUGAAAGUGUCCUUCCUGAAUUAUUUCAGUGUCAUGGAACAGCUGAUGAGUUAGUUCUGCACUCGUGGGGUGAAGAGACCAACAAGAUGUUAAAAUCAUUGGGAGUAGCAACAUCUUUUCAUAGUUUUCCAAAUCUUAAACAUGAGUUACACAAAACUGAACUGGAAAAAUUGAGCUCCUGGAUUGUAAAGAAAUUGCCUGUAGAGACAGCAAUGUCAAAUGAAUAAAUGAAAUUAACUUAACAUUUCAAAAUAACAUGUUUAUGUAUGGCAAGGGCUUGCCUACAAUAACAGUUAAUGUACAGCAGGCUAGUGUGAGGUAAAUCUACAACCCAGCUUGCCACGCACUAAGUGUCUGUGUGGAUCCUGCUGCCUUACUAGUUCCCUAGUAUACUUUUCCCUAGUGUCUACCCUGCUUUGAAACAGGAGUAGAUCAAAGUGCACAGUGAAUGGUUAGUACAUGGCAGCAUGGUCCACAUGGACAGUUAGUGCAUGGAAAACUAGUGUGUGUGUCUAUUGCACGCUAGCCUGCAUCACGCUAACUGUUCAUAUACACAAGCCCUAAGAGUGUGCAUCAUCUAUUUCGUAAAUAUAAAUCCAGCUUCGUAUAGACACUGAUGUUAUAUACAACUUUCUUACAACCUAGCCCGGAUGAUGAUAAACUGCUGAUACUUACUAUGUUUUUACUGUCCAGUAUGCAAAACAUGGAAGCUACAACAUUCUGUGGAAGAUACGGAGAGUAUUAAAACCAUUUAUAAAUGGUCCAAACUAUUUUCAAAACUUUAAUAUAUAUUGUUCCAUGAUUUUCCAGAUCAUCCUGUUUUUGUUCCAAGAUGGAAAAAUCUGUAAUAGAUUUUUUUUUUUUAAGUAUAAAAAUAACUUUACAGUCUACAAACGUAGCAGUGUGUAAUAUAAGGCAAGUUACACUUGAGGAAAAAAUUAUGGUGCCAUUCCUGCAAAGACUUAAGCGUGUGCUUAACUUUAUGCACUGAGUAGUCCCAUUGGCUUCAAAAAGACUUACAGUAUGUAAAGUUAAACACACACGUACAGGGUUGUACUGCACUUCACAGAAAUCACUGAGGUUUGUGUUAAAAUGAGAAGUCUUUAGCUUCAGCACUGAUGCUUGUUAUGUACUAUCAUUGUGGUGAUAUUUAGAAAUCUAGUUUUGGAAUAGCUGUUAAAGCCGGAUUUGGGGGGUUUUUUUGGUUUUGUUUUUUUUAGGCAUAGGGAAUAAUGGACAGAAAGAUGCCAUAAUGGUUCUUAAAUAUACCCUGUUUUUGGAGGGAAAAAAAAUUCUUUGGGAAGAGCGUCUGUAGAGACUUAUAUUUGUGUCAACUAUUUUGGAGCCUGCAGGAUCACGUUUUAAACUAAAAGAUGAGGACACUUGAGUCCUCAGUGUGCAUUUAAAAGAGCUGUAAAUAACAAUGAUUGUGAUAUAAAGAAACCUCGUGUC